AUUUUGGCAAUUCGCAGCUCUUCACUCCCAUCCUUUCUCCGGGAUUGUGUUAUGGUGUUUGUUUUUUUGGCUUUCUUCCGGUAGCUGGAGAUCAGUUCGGCUAAGUUUAAGAACAAAUGUGCAAUAACUCAUCAGUUCCACGUUGAAAAGUGACUUGUAACGGCGUGCAGUUGAGACUUCUCAAAACAGCAGCACCAACACUGAGCCCUGCUCCCGAAUGGUUUGUGGCGCUUUUUUGAACAGAACUGAUUAGGAAAGCCAGCCCAAUCGACCAAGUAUUUUCCAUACAGAUGAAAACAUAUCGCAAAAUGAGAGUGGAUCGGAACCAAGCUGAUUCACAAGUGUUUUAAAGAAACCGCCAGCUGUGCAGCGGUCGAAAUCUACAUUCUCGACUGUUUUUGUUUAAACCAGCCCCUUGUUUACUUCUCGGAGCGCAGGAACAUGGAUGAAGAAAGUCACCCCGAAAAUGGAGUGGAGAGUGGAAAGGACACAGAUCGGCAGCUCCGUUUGCGAGUUUGUGUGAUGAAUGAGAUUUUAAAAACGGAGAGAGACUACGUGGGGUCCUUGAAAUUUCUAAAGUCUUCAUUCUUGCACAGAAAUCACCAGAAUGAUGGCGACAAGUCAGAAAAACGAAUUACUGAAGAACAUCUCAAGAUUUUGUUUUCUAACAUUGAAGAGAUACUUGACGUGCAUAUGCUGUUCUUGGCAGCUCUUGAGUGCCAUUUACAACCAGAACCACAACCUCAACAUGAACUUGGAAAUAUCUUCCUUCAGUUUAAAAAUCGAUUUUGUGUCUAUCAAGAAUACUGUAGCAAUCAUGAAAAAGCCUUGAGACUUUUAAUGGAAUUGAACAAAAUACCUGAAGUGCGGGCAAUGCUUUUGAACUGCAUGGUUCUGGGAGGAAUGAAGACCACAGAUAUACCACUGGAAGGCUAUUUGUUAACCCCAAUACAGAGAAUCUGCAAAUAUCCUUUACUACUUAAGGAGUUGCUAAAACGGACACCCAAAAAGCACAGUGAUAACUCAGCAGUGGAAAAAGCCUUGCAAGCAAUGAAAGCCGUGUGCACUAAUAUUAAUGAAACCAAGAGGCAAAUGGAGAAACUGGAAGCUUUGGAACAUUUGCAGUCAUCGAUUGAAGGAUGGGAGGGUUCAAAUUUGACAGAUAUAUGCACUGAGCUGCUUCAGCAAGGACCUUUGUUAAAGAUCUCAGCUGGAAAUAUUCAGGAACGAGUGUUCUUUUUGUUUGAUAACUUGCUGGUAUACUGCAAAAGGAAAUCUAGGGUUGCUAGUAAGAAGUCAACCAAGCGCACCAAGUCUAUAAAUGGUGCCCAAUACAUUUUCCGUGGAAGAAUCAACACCGAGGUAAUGGAAGUGGAGAAUGUUGAAGAUGGAACAGCUGAUUACCAUAGCAAUGGUUAUACUGUGACAAAUGGUUGGAAGAUUCACAAUACAGCUAAAAAUAAGUGGUUUGUCUUAAUGGCCAAAACUGCUGAAGAAAAACAGAAAUGGUUGGAUGCAAUUCUAAAGGAGCGAGAACAGAGGGAGAGUCUGAAGUUGGGCAUGGAGCGUGAUGCAUAUGUCAUGAUCUCUGAGAAGGGAGAGAAGCUUUAUCACAUGAUGAUGAGCAAGAAAGGAAACCUCAUAAAAGACCGGAGGAGAAAGUUGUCUGUUGUCCCAAAGUGUUUUUUUGGCAAUGAGUUUGUUUCCUGGCUGAUGGACAUAGGAGAGAUCAGUAAAGCUGAGGAAGGCGUGAAUCUGGGUCAAGCCUUGCUUGAGAAUGGCAUCAUUCAUCAUGUUUCUGACAAACACCAUUUCAAAAAUGAGAUGGUACUGUAUAGGUUUCGGUACGAUGAUGGAACCUACAAACCUCGAAGUGAGAUGGAAGAUAUCAUGUCUAAGGGUGUAAGGUUGUAUUGUCGAUUACAUUGCCUCUUCAAUCCUGUGGUCAAAGACCGAGAUCAUCACCUGAAAACCUACAAGUCUGUGGUGCCAGCAAGCAAGUUGAUUGAUUGGCUCCUAAUGCAGGGCGACUGCCAGACCAGAGAGGAAGCGGUCACCCUUGGCGUUGGACUGUGUAAUAAUGGCUUCAUGCAUCAUGUGCUGGAGAAAAGUGAAUUCAAGGAUGAGUCCCAACAUUUUCGCCUCUAUGCUGAUGAAGAAAUGGAAGGGACCAGCUCCAAAAGCAAACAGUUGCGGAAUGACUUCAGAUUGGUUGAAAACAUUGUUGUUAAAUCCCUUUUGAUUUUCCCCGAAGAAGAGAAUUAUGGAUUUGAAAUUGAAGAGAAAAAUAAGGUCAUUGUGGUGAAAUCUGUACAAAGUGGCUCUUCUGCUGAGGUGGCAGGCCUUCAGGUUGGGAGGAAGAUUUACUCCAUCAAUGAAGAUUUGGUUUUUCUUCGACCAAUUUUGGAAGUGGAGACAAUUUUAAAUCAGUUGUACUGCAGUCGGAGGCCACUGAGGAUGCUGAUUGCCACAAAACCCAAAGAGAUAAUCAAAGUUCCCGACUCCUUGGAAGGACUGAGCUUUCAGAUACGUGGAGCUGCCCCACCAUUUGUUCAUGCAGUUCUAAAAGGGUCUGGGGCUGCAGCAGCGGGACUUCUUCCUGGCCAGUGUAUUCUAAAAGUAAACGGAAACAAUGUUAGCAAAGAAAACUAUACUGAAGUACUUGAGCACUUCAGUGCAUGCAGAAAUAAUCCACAGCAUUUUCUGCAUACAAGCUCCAGUCAGUGGAUAUAUAGGACUGUUGAAGAUGUUGAUGAGACAACACAAACAAAAGUCAACACAGAUAGUCUUUACAGUAUUUCCGAUCUAUCAAUGAAUGAUAAAUCGUUAGAUGUUCCAGCCAAUCAAACAAAACCAUGUGAUCAUAUCAUUGAGAGCAAACAGGAGGCAGGCCUGCCACCGAUCAUUGAUGGGGCGACCUCUCAUGUCAACAUGACUGUCGAUAAUGUGUAUUUAGAGCAUGGUGUUGUCUAUGAGUAUGUCAGUACAGUCGGCAUAAAAUGUCACGUCAAGGAAAAAAUGGUGGAGCCUAAGGGAUGCUUCAAUUUAACUGCAAAGAUUUUGGAAGCUUUAGCAGCAGAUGACCGUCAGUUUGUAAAGAACUGCAGAGGACUGAUAUCUUCUAGGAAUUCUCUCAUCUUUAAGCCUCAAUUGGAAUUCAGCCAUCUGUGUGAGACCAAGCUCGAUACCAUUGGCCACAGAAUUUCCAACUAUUUGAAGUUUGCCCAGGAGUUGAAAAAUAAAGCAUGGCCCUCCUUCAAGCAAGCUUCACCCAAGUUACACCCAUUAGACUGCACUGACUUCUGUCCAAGCAACUGUCAUAUUAAUGUAAUUGAAGUAUCCUGUCCAAAAAGUACUACCUCUCUGGGAAGAUCAUUCAGCAUACGCUUUGGUCGAAAAAAUUCUUUCCUCGGCCUGGAACAAGAUCACGGAAUUAUAAAUCCUAUGAACUACACUCGGCACAGUAUCACCACUAUGGCAGCACCCCAAUGGAAGUGUCUAAUAAUGGAGGAGGGAGAAAUAGAUCAACAGAAGAAUCCAGAGGAGUUGGUUAAUCAGAAUGGAGAAGUGUCUCAAGAAAGUGGAGGCUUGAGUUUUCUAUUAAAGCAGGAAGAUCUGGAGAUUCAGUACACUUUCUUCCAGCUUUUUAUUAAACUGGAGAAUUCUUUGAAAGAAAUGAAACAAUAUGUAAUGCAAAUAAAUGUCCUCCUGUCCUCAAUAACUGAGCCUGCGCAGUCUGAGACUUCGGAGCACAGUUCAUCAGACCUCACACUUCACCCAUCCGUUCUGAUGGAAGAAAAUGAUAUUGACAAAGCUGAACACUGUGGAACAAAGAGAGUCUGCUUUGUGGUGAAUGAGGAAGAGCAGGAUGACUCUGGACAUGACACAACAAGUUAUAGGGAUUCCUACAGUGAAUGUAAUAGCAACCGAGACUCUGUUCUAUCCUAUACAAGUGAUCGCAGCAGGAGCUCCUACCUGGGCAGUGAUGAAAUGGGAUCAGGAGAUGAACUGCCUUGUGACAUGAGAAUUCCUCUUGACAAACAGGACAAAUUACAUGGCUGCCUCGAGCACCUUUUUAAUCAGGUGGAUUCCAUUGAUGCACUCCUCAAGGGGUCAGUUAUGGCCAAGGCCUUUGAAGAGACAGAUGGCAUUAGUACAGAAUACAACAUACAAGAAUUUCGACAGAAAGUUGACCAAAAUAUAAGAUGUCGAAGUAUAAUCCAAACAAACGUGCAGGAGGACCCCUGGAAUUUGCCUUGUUCGAUCAAUGCCUUAGUGGACAACGUACAGGAAUAUGUAGAAGAUGGAAAAAAUCAAUUGCUUUUAGCUCUACUCCAUUGCACAGACCUUGAGUUACAAUUACGCCGCGAUGUCCUCUUUUGUCAAAGCCUUGUAGCAGCUAUCUGUAGCUUUUCAGAGCAGUUGUUGGCUGCCCUGAACCACCGGUAUAAUAACAAUGGAGAAUAUGAAGAGGAGAGCAAGGAAGCCAGCAAGAAGUGGCUUGAACAGAUAGCUGUUACUGGGGUCCUUCUCAAUUUUCAGUCUCUGCUUUCUCCAAGUGUGAAAGACGAGCGCAUCAUGCUGGAGGACACCAAGGUCUCCUUGUCUGAUCUGGAUAAUGUAACAUUCUAUUUUAGACAGCUGGAACAUGAAUACCCAGUAGCAAACAACCCUAUCACUUACCAUAUAGAUGGAAGCCGGCAAGCAUUGAAAGUUAUCUUUUAUCUUGAAAAUCAUAACUUUAUGGAGUUGCCUUCUAAGUUUCAGAAUGGGGGAAGUUUAAAAUUACACACAGUGCUUUUCACUCAAGCUCUUGAGAACCGAUGUUCUUCAGAAAAUGCGUCUGCAGAAGAAUUUCAACAACAGAUCAAUUCGGCUUCUCUUGAAAAAGUUAAAUGUUAUUAUCGAAAACUCAGGGCUUUCUAUCUAGAACGGUCUAAUUUACCUUCUGAUUCUUCUACGACUGCUGUAAAGAUAAACCAGCUGUUACGUCCUCUCAAUGCAUUGGAGGAACUUCGGCGAUUGAUGGAGUUGUACAUAGGCCCAAAGCAUUCAACUUCCACUGUGAACUCAAGCAGCAAUGCUUCUGGGGUUGCAGCCUUGCCAAUAUCUUCUGAGCUUUGCAACAGGCUUGGAGCUUGUCAGAUUGUUAUGUGUAGCACUGGUAUACAAAGGAGUACUUUAAGUGUAACCCUGGAACAAGCAGUUAUUUUGGCUCGUAGCCAUGGACUGUUACCUAGAUGUAUCAUGCAGGCCACAGACAUUAUGAGAAAACAGGGUGCGAGGGUUGAGAAUUCAGCCAAAAAUUUGAAAGUAAUGGAUCAGAUGCCACCAUCUGUGCCAAGGUUAUACCGGCUCUGUCAACCACCUUCUGAUGGAGACAUAUGAAAGUAACUUCUUUUGUAACGGCUUUCCAGGACUUCCCAGAGAGCUAGAACUGUUAGACAUUGUACAAUUGUAUUGCGUCUGUAUUUUGUUACAGUGAAACUGUAGAGCAUCUAUGUAUGUACAGAAAGCAGCACAGAGACAGAGCUGUUCUUUUGCCCAUAUUUCCAUCAACAGCACAGUGAUAGUUGACUAUCCCAACCUGCAUCAAUAUCUGGAUGUAUUGUAAUAACUUAUGGAACAGCUAUAAAAUUAAGAAUUUUUGUAUAUGCAUACCUCAGCAUACAUAUAAUUUUUGGAUCUUGGUGACUGGCCUAUGUCAGUGUAGUUAUGGGUUCAGGCACAUCUUUUUGUCAACAUUGGAAUUCUACUGAUUUACAUAUGCAUCUCAAGCUAAAGACUAUGCACCAACUUUGUUUUUAGAUACUAAUGCUAUUGCACAUAUAAGACUGUAAGAGAAGUAAGAUGCUAUACAAAUAGAUUGUUAAGAUAGCAGAGAAUCUCCAGCUAUUUUUUUAUGAAAAAUACCCAUUAUAUAAUAUACUCAUGAGACCAUCUAUGGUACUGUACACAUAACUAUUAUAUGUUGUGUAGCUACAGAAGGCUCUUAUCCUUCUGCUUAACUAGAGCAUCUGAUACAACAUGUACUGUUAACAAUUCAUUUUAAAUGAACAAACAAUGUAAAAAUUCCCUUGAUUAUAGUUAUACCCUUUGCUACUAUGCUUUUUGUUUUGCUUCUAAGACAGCAUUAUUGAAUGUGGUCUAAUGGAAUUGUCAGGAUUGUGUUUGUUCUGCUGAAUCAAUAGUUCAAUUUUCUGUUUACUUACUAAAAUCAGCUAUUACCAACACAAGCCGAGUUCAAAUGAAAACUAAUAUGUUGACCUUUUAGGAUAGAAUUACAUUAAAAUCUAAACCGCCUCAAAUUUGUGAAAGCUCCCUAGCCUGUUUUGUACAUUCUGCCUUAAUCUUGCAGGAUCCAAUUUCAAAGUCUACAAAUUAUGCCAGUAAACAUGACUAUUUCAGAUAUUUAUAUUUCUGUCACAACUAGCUUUAUUAUUAUAGCUGGCAGUAUUGCUAUCUACUUGUUUUAAUUUGAGUAUCAACAGGUGAAUAUCCAACAUCAAUUUGUUUGCAUUUUUCUUGAAAUUAUGUCAACAGAUGACUGAACAUUCCCUAUAGUUGCAGUCAUGAAAGUUUAUGUUUACAUCUGAGUUCAGUACUUAAUUCAAAAUUCUUCUGUAACAAUACCAAGUGACACAAAACCUGUUGACCUGGAUAAAUAAGGGAAAAACUGGAGUCUAACAGACAUGUCAUGAAGAAAAAGACAAACUGUGGACCACAUUAUUUUAGCUUCUGCACAUCUCAGAGUUUUCAGUUUGAAAUUGCUAUUGUCAUGGUAGAAUUAUUUGAAAACUAAAUAAUCUGAUCUAAUUGUGUUCUGUUUCUUGUCACAAUUAGCAAGAGACGAUUUUGUGAGCAUUUUGGUUUUAGUAUUAACUUUUUAAAAAAAUUUUGUUUAUUUGCACAAUAGAUAAGUGUUGAAGCAGUUGUCUCAGGGCGAAAGGUUAAUUGGUUAAAUUUUGAAGCCCAUUUCUAGUGCCUUAAAGCUAGAAUUAUAAGCUCUUGAAAUUCACCUGCUUUACUAGGUUGAAAUUUUGUUCAGUAUUAACAUGGUAAAUAUUCUGUUGUUGUAACCUAUUUUCUUUUAAAUGUAAAAUAUCUUCUCAUGUAAUUGUUUCAAGAGUUAACUUGACCAUUUUAUUGGCUGAGCAGAUACUUAUUUGUACAUAUGUUUUAAAUUGUGAAUUAAAAUUACUUGGGUUAGAAUUGAGGAAGAUGAUAAAAGUGGAAAAAAAGACUGCAUUUGAUUUGAUUCCAGUUCAGAGUCUCAUUUUCCUAAUGUUCCAUGAUUUCUGAUCUGGUCAUUUCCUGUGCUGUCUGUAGUCCAGAGAACAGAUCAUUGCAUUACGCCAUUCAUCAUCUCCACAUUCACUGAAGUAGUAUAUAUUGUAAUUAAUUGAUAAAUGUGUGACUUAACUUUUGUGCAAUGCACAAAAUACUUAGUUCAGCUGAACCAAGCAUGUGAAAAGUCUUAAUUCCUUUAAUCAGCAGAGAGAGACGUUGCUUCCUUUCAGCGUUAUAUUUAAACAGUCUUUGAUAUUUUUAGUGUUGUUUUGGUGCAGAUUGGUAGUAAUUUAGUCUUGUACCCUGCAGAAUUUUAAUGGAUAUAUUACAAUGAUACCUUAGUCAGAUUGAAUCUAUGUGAUGAAUACCAUGAAAAUGCAGUAGUUUCUUUUUUCAUUCUUCUUUAAACACCUUCACCCAAUAUUUCCUUCUUUUCCCGAAGGUGUUUGCUGGAUGUGACCGCAUAAGUUGUCGCCCAAAAAUUUAGUUUCCUGAGAGUGUUCAUUUCUUAGGUGAGAUGGGGAUUUUUGGCAGAAGUUCUCAUAGUUGAGUCGGUCUUAAGCCAAUCUCCACACAGACAGUUUUUCCACCAGAGGCCACUGGAUAGCAAUUUAGACAUUUUUCCCCAUGUUAGUCCAGCGAUGCUGAGUCACAGCCUUUUAUAGAUUCAGCUUAGACACUGUGUGGAAUUUUAUUUUUGCACAAUGAAUAACUCAAUUAAGAAAUAAUGGACACUUUUAAUUGCCUCCCAACUCAUUUUUCCUAUGUUGCGCAAUAUUAAUUCAUUACAGCUUAAAGAAAAUUGUUUUCUUAGCUCACUAUGUACUGGACUAAAAUUCCAAAUUAGAGUAAAAUUUGAAACUGGGUCACACAAUUCUUAAAAUUUCAUCUUGGUCAAAGUGAAUAUUUUAGCAGCUUCGUGUGAUUUCAAGUGUCUCUGCUCAGCCUGUAUUUAGGUCAAGUAUUGACUAUAAUGUGAUGAUUAAAUCCAGUAGAAAAUGAAUCACUGAAUUUGGAUCUCAAAUUGUAAACCUUUGUCAUAACUAAAAUAACUAUUAAUAGAAAAUUGUACAUACAGUUACACUCUCAUUUUAAAAUGCUUAGUCCUGCACAAACAGAGAGUGGUACAUAGUUAUUCUGACUCUUGUCUAAUCUCUGGUAUGAUGCAGUUACUUGUUUUAAACAUUCAGGAACAUUAACACAAUUCUGUUUCACUUCAAGUCCUAGAUUGCACCUCUUCUUUGGAAGAUAUCAAUUCACAGAUCUGUAAAACUAAGACAAUCAAUUCUCCUGAUUUUAGAUUAAAGGACCAAACUCUUGUAACAGUUUUUGUCAUGACCAGUGCAAUACUUUCUUUAUCAAAGAUCUGCAAGGAAGAGGUGCACUUUCAUCCGGUGACUUAUUAAAAUUUGACAAAGCCAUUGUUGUGUAUAAUGCUAGUAACCAUUGUUUUGCUAUUGUUGUAAAUACAUCAGGUUCAUGAUGUAGUUUUCGUUCUGUAAUUCUACAGUUGUACAGUGAGUGUUUAAUUUUAAAUGCUAUUUUAUUGAAAUAGUUAGAUUGUCAGUUUUAACCUGUUAGCAAAUAAAUUUUUAUUUACAUUUAAGGCUGUAUGUGCCUUUAAUCCUGUUUUCAUUUCACAAUUAAACUGCAUAAUAUUUAAAGAAAGAAUUUACUAUCCCAAAAUAUCUAUAGCAGUGAAUGAUCAAUCACAGAGCAUGCUUUCUUAUUGAAACGUCCAACGCAUUAAUCAUUCUACAAGAUAGAAGUUGACUUAAUGAAAUUAUGUAUCAUUUUGUAACAAAGAUUUUAAGCCAUUUUCUGUUUUUAUGUUUGAUCUGUUGCAUUAGUUUCUGUGAAUCACAGAACUGAAGUGUAUUUGCAGAGUGGACAUUAAUAGUACUUUUAAAUAAGCACGUUGCAACAGAUCACUGCAAAAAUGUAAGUUAGUGCUGUGUAGGGUAUGGAACGUGCUGGGAUUAGCUGCAUGCUCCUUUCAAGUGUGCUAACUGAUGUAAUACUUGACUUCUUUAUUCAAAACAUGGCCACUGAACCCUGAAUUGUUACUGAUUCUCAUCUUAGAAUCAUCAGUGACACAAGCACAAGCAAAGGAACUGGAACAGUUGAUCAUUUAAAUGACUAAAUUAAUAAAGUCAAAACAGUAGUUGAAUAGUAUCUUUCACUGUUUGCAACUUUCCCUAUUUCAUUCUGCAUCUUUCCAUUAAAAUUACUGAAGUCAAAGGAAUUAGAUAUAUUUAGUGGCAUUAUGGAAGUAAGAAUUGUAGACCAUUUGCAAUGUAACUACUUUGUGACCAAUAAAGUAUUUCACAAUGAU